UGUGGUGUGGCUGGAGCAUCGGGGCUGGGGUAUUGCUUGUCACCGACAAUGACUGCACCCGAUCAUUUGUUUGCGCAUUGAUGUGUAACUGUACUGGUGGGGACACUGAGUCAACCCGUAUCAGCGUCAAUGUUUAAUAUAACGACGUACUGCAUGAGAAAUUGUGCACCAUGAAAUGAUCCUGCUGUUUAUACACAUUACGCAGUAACUGUGCAACCUAGUGACAGUUGUACGUGGUAGGCUGGUCCUGAUGCUCCUCCCACUGCAUUCUGCAUUUUUUUAAUGAACUCUGCUUUGUGUGCGCGAGUAUUUUGUAACUUUCUUUUUUGUUUGUACGGCGAGAACAAAUUGUUUUUUUUUUCCACUAAACCACUAAACCUUCCUUCCGGCCCUUUUAAAAGAUCACUGGACUUACGACUGAACAUCACCGUCGACACGGUACUGAUUUAUUAGCUUUGGCCCUGCCCACUGACCUGAGACGUUUUCUCCGCUGAGACUCUGAAGCUCCCUGAAGGAGGAGAACGGUUCCUUGUUGUUGAGACAGGCGGCUGCGUUAUUGCCAGAUCAGAGGGAACGAUGUUGGAGGGGAUUUUACCCCAGAUACACCCACCUGUGACCCUUCUGGGGGUGGUGCUGGUGCUGCUUUUGCUCUACCUGCUGUCCUCCACCACUGGGCCUGGAAAAGAACCACCGGGACCCAGACCCCUGCCCCUCCUCGGGAACCUGCUCCACCUGGACCUCAAACAGCUCCAAGUGUCUCUCUGUGAGCUGUCUAAGAAGUAUGGACCUGUGUUCACCAUACACUUGGGCCCCAAGAAGGUGGUCGUCCUGGCAGGCUACAAGACGGUCAAACAGGCGCUGGUCAACUACGCUGAAGAGUUUGGAGACCGGGAAAUUUCACCCAUGUUCAGAGAUACUAUAAAAGGGCACGGUGUUCUGUUCUCCAAUGGAAACUCCUGGAAGGAGAUGAGGCGCUUCUCCCUCACCAACCUGCGCGACUUCGGAAUGGGCAAGAGGAGAAGCGAGGAGAAGAUCAUCGAGGAAUCCCGCUACCUCAUCGAGGUGUUUGAGAACUUUAAGGGCGAGCCUUUCGACACCACUCAGCCAGUGAAUUACUCCGUCUCCAACAUAAUCUGCGCCAUCGUCUACGGCACCCGCUUCGACUACGCUGACCCCGCCUUUAAGAAAAUGGUCGACAGGGCCAAUGAAAAUAUCCGCCUGGCCGGUUCAGUUGAAAUACGGCUGUACAACAUGUUCCCCUGGCUGCGCUGGUGCUGUGGCUGGUGGCUGGUGAACAGGACCCAGAUCGUGAAGAACACCGAAAAAAACCUUGAGGAGAUUAGUGGGCUGGUGCAGGGACUGAGGGACACACUCAACUCCCAGGACCUCAGGGGAUUUGUGGACUCCUUCCUGGUUCGGCAGCAGGAGGAGUCAGAUCAGCUGGGUUCCUACUUCCAUAACGACAACCUGCAAUAUACUGUCGGAAACCUGUUUGCAGCAGGGACGGAUACCACUGGAACCACCCUGAGAUGGGGCCUAUUGCUGAUGGCCAAGUACCCCCACAUACAGGACCAGGUUCAGGAGGAGUUGAGCCGGGUCAUUGGGGACCGGGAACCCCGGAUGGAGGACCGGAGGAACCUGCCCUACACAGACGCUGUGAUCCACGAGAUCCAGAGACUGGCUAACAUUGUACCCAUGAGCAUUCCCCACACCACCAGCUGUGAUGUCACCUUCCAGGGAUACGUCAUCAAGAAGGGAACUACUGUGAUCCCACUCCUGACGUCGGUGCUGCAGGAUGAGGAGGAGUGGGAGACCCCCCACAGCUUCAACCCCGGCCACUUCCUGGAUGAGAAGGGCUGCUUCGUCAAGAAAGAUGCCUUCCUGCCCUUCUCUGCAGGGCGACGGGCCUGUCUGGGAGAGAGUCUGGCCAGGAUGGAGCUCUUCCUCUUCUUCACCUUCCUCCUGCAGAGGUUCCGCUUCACACCACCGCCAGGGGUGUCCGAGGAAGACUUGGACCUGACGCCGUGCUUGGGGUUCACCCUCAACCCCUCACCCCACCGGCUGUGUGCUGUGAGCCGGACCUAAACCCCACUCCAGCUGAUGGAUGUGAACAUCAGCUCUUUUGUUUUUUGUUUUUUUUACCAAACCUUUCUUGAUCAUUAUUUACAGUGAAUGUUUGUAAGCCUUGAUUUGAGUGCUGCUAGAUUAAUAAACAGGGCUCCCCUCCACAGCUGAGGAGACAGUCUGUUCUCUUCAUUCCUGGCUUCCUCAAUUACUCACUCAUGAGGGCCAGAAUAUAUAUAUAUUUUUUUUUUUGGUACUUAUGGGCUCUUCCUACCCACUCAGGAUGACCUAGACAGCAGCUCAAAUAGUCAGUGAGGUUGAUAAACGGUCUUCCAACUCGGUAAGCGAUCCCUGGUUGAAAUGGACAUAAAGUUGCCACCAUUUGGCAUUUUUAUUUGGAAGUGAAAUGAAAUGACAUUUGUAGUAACCCUUAAAUUGAAAGGUGCUGGUGUUUUCCGUAAAAGUGAAGGUCCCUUUUCAGAAUGCAACACAUUGGAAAACUCAAAUCUUGCUAAAUGUAAAUAUUUAAAAGUUUCAGCUGAUUAAGAUACAGACCAAAGUGACCUUGAUAUGCACCUUUGUACGUCGCUUUGGAUAAAAGCAUUUGCUAAAUAAAUGUAAUGUAAUGUAACAAGGGUUCAUCGUCCUCAUUCCCUGCUCACAAACCCCCCAGCCCCCACCCCCUUUGUAACUGUCAACAAGAAUCAGCCAAUGAGAAACAAGCAUUUCUGCUGAUUGAUAAUAAAUAGUAUAACUUUCCCCUGUAUUUUCUAGGGGUUGACUUCUCUUCAUUUGCUACAUUUUAAUCAGGUUUAAUUAUUUUAAAUACAGGCAGAAUCACACUGUUGGACUAUAUAAACUAAAGUAAAUAAACUUUUAAAAAGCCAAAC